AUGGAUAUGGAUAAUGUCGCAAUGCCGGCAAUCAACAUAUGGACGUUCUUCGCCCUUGCAGCUCUCGAUAUUGCAGCAAAUGCUGCAGCUGGACCUGCAGCUGUUGCUACCGCCGCUCACGUCAAUGGCAGUCCCUUGACGGCUAGAGCUAUGCAGAUCGGUGCGAUCGCUGGAGUCACGAAGUCUGGAGUGUUGGCUUUUGUCGAGUUUGUGGGAUAUGCUGGCUUGCCGACACCAGCUUGGAUUCUACUAGUCUUGAUGGCUAGUAGUUUUGGAAUUUGUGUGUUGAUUACUGCCGAAGUUAGCAACCUGGUUCUUGGAGACACACCGAGUGCGUUGCUCAUUGCGGCUGUUGUUGCUGCCAUCCCGCUCGCUGGCGAAUGCAUUGGUAUCUAUCAAUCGGCUGGCGGUUUAUAUGGUGGUAAGCCUCAAUCUCAACUGUUGGUUCUGGGGCUUGAUGCCUUGGGAGGAUAUGUGUUUGCUCGAAUGUGCCAUAACCUAGGCUACGAUAUAUGCCCUUACAAUGUCGCAGCUGCCGCAGGCGCCGUAUAUGGUGUGAUCACCGGCUUCUUCCAUACAAUUCUUGGUUGUCUCGCUGGAACCACCUACUAUGAAAGUCACAAUGGUAAUUACACGAUUCGAAAUGUGUUUGGGACUGCAGAAGGAUAUAACCCACACUGGCAACGAGAUUUACCCAUGUGA